AUGGAGAAAAAUAAAAUGGACAGUGGCGGCAAAGAAAAUACACGCCUCGAACAGACACACAACUUGGUUCACAUCUCUAACGUUGUUUUGAGUGACCACAUAAAGUGGGGCAAAAAUGAAGGCGGGAAAUAUACGGAACAAUGGAGGCAACCAGAUUCUACCCCUCUUCCAACCCCCCUUUUGCAAAAAAUAGACAUUCGAGACUUUGACGAAUAUAUUCGCUACAUCACGAAGAUCAACACGCUGAGCGACGUGAACAUACGCAACUUGGAUGAAAUUAGCCUCCAACACUUUGAGCGCAUUUUGAGGAACCCUCCCGUGAUUGAAGAAAUGGAGAAGCGCGUCCAAGCGGAGCAACAUAUCGAACAUGCUUCUCAGGAGGGAGCCACACAAUUGGGAAUUUUGGGCCACACAGGUGGCUCGUCAAGCAUUACCUACUGGGGGGACAACUCGGGCAACCACGCCAACGGCCUGUUCGCCUCUCCCAAAGCGAAGUCGCACUGGCAAUGCAACCAUAGCACGCUGCUCGCAGAUGAUGCCUGGUGCGAUCUGUCCAGCCUUACGCGUCGACAGGAGGAGCUGAGCGAAACGCUGGACUACAUCGAUCGCGACAUCAACGCACUCAUCCGCAAGGAUUUCCAAAACUACCUGCACAUAAUAGCCAUUCUGAAUGAGCUAAAAGGAGAAAUAAAAAAUCUGCACGACGAAAUUAAAACAUUGAGAACACACAUCCAUGAUGUAAAAGAAAUGUUAUUAAAGAUUAUUCAUUUAAAAAAAUACAACGAUUUGAAGAAAAAAUGUAAACAAGUAAAUCAUUUGCUCAACAGAUUUUUACACUUUCGAAGAUUAAUAAAAAUUCUGAAAAGAUUUUUACAAAAAAGGAAAUUUUAUCACUGUCUUGUUGUAGUAAAUAAAAUUUUUAAAAUUUAUUUUUUUUUUAAAAAGAAAAGAAAGCUCCUAUAUUUUCAUCAAUAUUUUUGUAAUUUUAAUAUAUCCUACUUGAAAAGUUUCUUCUCUCAGAAUUUCCUUUUUUUGUUUUUUUUCCACUCCUUGUUGUUUUUGUUUCGACCUAGGGGGGUGGCUAAAGCAUCACUUUGUUCUGCUCAUUGGGUUAAGAAGAGGGAUCGUCUUCACUUGGGAAGUACCCACACGAGGGGAACAGCCCACACUGGAGAGACAUCCCACACAAGGAGAGACGAUACCGCCAUUACCCAAGGAGAUACCCUCUUGGGAGACAACCCAGGACAGUUAAGCAUCCACUACCCCCCAGAUCAGCUCAAGCAGAACCCACACUGUCUCAAUUCUUCUUCUAAAGGUAAAUCAAAAUUCAACAGAUUCGUUACAUUUCACAAACGGCUGAACAGACAGUUUAUGCGUAACUUUCACAGGAAGAGAAAAAGAUUUGUCAAGUGCCGCAAAGCGGAGGAAGCGAAAUUUUUUGUGAAACGAUGGCAGCAGGGAGUCUGCUCCCAUUUUUAUAAAAAGAUCAGAAAGAGAAGAGGAAACUUUGACCACCACCUUGCCCAUUUGAAUAAUCUCUUCACUCCCGCACUAUUCUUUAAUAACUUCUUCCACUCGUUGCGCAAUUUGUGUUCCAGGGAAAACUACUUAAAGCAUUUUGUGGACGACCUGUUUUAUGGUCUCUUGCACGAGACCGUCUCGGAUUUGCGACGCGAUCAAUUCUACGACCUAGGGGAUAAAUCCCUUUUGAGUGCAGAAGAGGUAGCAGCUCAGUCAGGGGAAGAGGAAAGUCCAUCCCGCAAAGAACCAAAUCCAGAUUUAGACCCACAUUCCAAACCGAACAAACGAGAAAAAACAGAGAAAGAGAAGACAAAUCAAGCACUAACUGCAGAAUGUACAAACCAUGUAGAGGCGUACCCCUCCGGAAGAAUUACCCUCUCGUGCGAGCAUCUCGUUAUCGAAAAAUGUAGAAAAAAGAAAAUUCUCCAUUUUGAUCAAGACGGAUGGAGAAAACUGUACAGACAGGUUGGCCUUCUCCCGCUGGCCAAUUUAGUGCAUCUGUUGGGCACCUUUUUUGGGAAAAUAAAAAUGGUCCAGAGGAGGAUGAAUAAGUGGGCUUCAUUUUUAAUGGCCAAAAUUGUCUCCUUCCUUUUGGACGACACGUGGGCGGAGAGCUUCGCGAGGUACACGCCGCACCUCACGCGGCAGACGACGAAAAUGGAGAAGACGCCCCAAGCGUGGCAAACACCGCAACCCCCAAUGCACAGCUUCCCAUUCUCCAGAAGCAACAAAUCAUCUCACUCCAUAAAACACGUGUUCUCUAAAUUUUGGAAAAACUACCGAGAUAUUCACCACACCCUUUUUAAACUCCUCCUCGAAAGGAUAAGCGAAGUUUUAAAUGUUAGAAGAAAAUGCAAUAUGCACCUCGGCAUCAACCAGAUGAUUUCGCUUUACUGGACCGUUUACCCCAUGUUCUCCUUCGUUCGCAGGAAGGGUCGAAGGUUGGAACAAGAAUACACUCGUUUUUUUGUGAGGGGAAUUCCCCGUUUUGUGAGAAGCGCGCAGGUGUCUCGGACGAUGUACCUGUGUGGGAAGCCCCACGAGGGGAGGAGGCCCCUCCGUGUGAGGAUAACACUCACAAGGAACAAAUUCAUCAUCGCGAAGAAGAUGAAGACAUUAAACUGUAAUGUUGGUAGAUCAAGGGGUGCAGUAAUAAAACUCGGAGAAGUCCCCCUUUUUUGUCUCCCCCCGAGGGAAGAAGCGAAGUGUUGUGAGGACCAAGCACCUAUACGUACUGACGUGAUGAACAAAUCGGAGGUGCAACCGCGACGAAGUGGCCAAUUCGACGCGCAUAAUGGGGAUGCAUAUAUGUUGGACUCUAAGGAAGAGUGUCACCCGAGGGGAUCCCUUCCCAGGUUUUCCCUUCCCAGGUUUUCCCUUCCCAGCUGCUACCUCCCCCCCAGCGCAAACCUGCGCAUAGGCAGUCAGAACUUCCACGUCCCACACAGAGUAAGCAUAACCAUCCACAGACGUGCAAAACAGGAGCAAGUAUAUUUGAGCCGCUUCCUUCAACGGAUAAUGAAGAAGACACCUCGUGGGAAGGAAGCCAAGCAGAGACUCCCUCAUGACGAGAGGAACCUCUGCAGACAAAUCAGAAGGCGCAUAAGAAUCGAGUCCAUAGUGGCCAUAAAUCACUUCUAUGAGUUUAAAAAAAUACAAAUGGAAAAAUCGUUGGAAAUUGAAAAAUGGAAUGUACUGGAGGACAUUCCACAGGAAAUAAAUGCUCAGAUGGAAAAAUAUUUCAAGAUAAAAAAUGAACAUAAAAAUAAAUUGCGCAUUAAUGGUGACCUGUUUUACUUAACCAACAGCAGCGUGUCUUUCUUGUGUAUCCUUUUUCAGUACAUCCACUUCAUGCUAUCGAUACCGGACGUUUCGUUUGAAAUUAUUUCCAAAAUUUUAACUUUCUAUGAUAAACAGUUUCUCAAAAUGGUCCACCAUUUCAUCAUGGAUGGACAUGCCGUUACCAACUGCACUCUCAAGAGCAUCACUAUUAAGAUCCUCGCUGUUGUCAUUCACACCCUCGACUUUGCCGACUCCACGGUCAGGCGAGUAUAUGCCAUUUCGCGCCACCUCCUGUACACGCCAUGGACGGAAGCGCCUCCACUGGGGAUGGGGGGCGAGGUGAGCGACCAAAAAAUCGGCGGAAUGAGCGGCGAGAUAAGCGACCAGAAAAGCGACCAAGUGAACGGUGGCAUAUUUCCCAAUUCCGUCGCGAGCAGAAACGAGGACCGCCCAAACGGGCAAAUAAACGUGUCCCAGUUUGCAGAUAAGCCUAAUGACUGCUAUCCUGGGAAGGACCCUCAUCGUAGAGCCACCAAAUUGCCAAACGAGACAGCGAAUCUGUGGGGCAAUGCCCGACUAAGGCACCCUCCUGGGGAGACAAACGAAGAGAAAAAUGGGUCCACCCUGCCCCCUGUAGAGAAAUGCAUCAAAGGGGAAAGAACAACAAUCAGGAAAAAGACGUAUUGUGGACGCACGAACGAAAGUUCGUCCUUAAGAAAAAAUGAGAAACAUACUCAUGAAGAUAUAUUACAAGGGAUGGACACCUCAUGGGUGGGCAGCGUUCUAGUAGACUUCACAAAAUGUUUGAAGUACCCCACCACACGGAAGCCUAAUCGCAUCCCUCGUGGCAUCCGCCUGUCGAAAAAGGACCAAGAAAAGAUCAAAUCAAAUUUUAAUCAUAUGCUACAGAAGUCGUUCCUUUUGAAGAAAAAGUUAGCGGAAAAGAUCGUUGACAUUUUAUCGACUCGGUUUGAUUACUACACAAACAUCUGGCUGGUAUCGGACAGCCUGCUGGAGAAUCACCUGGUGAAUUCCUUUAGCUACGAAUGUGACAUUCUUCCCUACGGGAUGCAGCUGCGCUCCACUUUCAAGCUCCUGACCACCUACCUGCGCGAGGAGGACACCAGGAACAUAUACCGAGAGCUGUUCCAGGACAUCGCGAACCGUUUCAGCCUUCGCAUCAAUGUCCUCAAAGGAAACGACAAGUAUAAGAAAAUUAUUUCGAGGCUGAUGGAUGAGUCUGCGCCGGCGAAAUCAACACCAAGGAAGUCAGCGGCAGAAGAAUCCCUGCCUGGAAAAUCAACAUCAGCCAAAUCAGCGGCAGAAGAAUCCUUGCCUGGAAAAUCAGCAUCAGCCAAAUCAGCGGCAGAAAAAUUCGCGCCGGGAAAAUCUCAAAUUGACCAAUUAAUUAUGCACUACCACAGCUACGAACUGAAGGAAAAGACUGCUCACAACAUUCACAAAAACGUCGGGGACAAAAUCCUCAUUGACAUGACGAAUGUCUUAAUCAUUCUCUACAAGGAUCCCCUUUUGUCUGACAUCAUAGAAACCUUUUUAAACGAUUUUCUAAAAAUUUGUACGUCCCACUGGUACGUAACCAUAGACCCCUUUGUCAUUCUGAGCAAGUACAAAAAGUAG